UGUUGAAAAUGAUUUAAUAUGCAAUAAAGUAUGUAAUUCUAAUUUAAAACCAAUGGUAUAUCGCUGUGUAUUCAAUCGUUCUCUAGUGUAGUUGUCUCAAAAUAUUAGUGUUAUAAACAUAACCUCAAAAAUGACCGAAACGGCUUGCUAUAUCCUCGACAAUGGAGCAUACACGGCUAAAGUCGGCUUCUCAUCCGCGGAGCCGAAAGUCGUGCCCAACUGCAUCAUGAAGGCGAAGUCGGAGCGCCGCCGCCCCUUCAUCGGCUCACAGAUCGACGAGUGCCGAGACGCCUCAGGUCUCUUCUACAUAUUACCAUUCCAAAAAGGCUUCCUCAUCAACUGGGACACGCAGAAAACCGUAUGGGACUACAUGUUUAGUAAAGAAUGCUGCCCCGUAAAUUUUAAUGAGACGCCACUCAUUGUCACCGAACCUUUGUACAACUUUGCAUCAAUUCAAGAAGCUAUGACUGAGAUAUUCUUUGAGGAAUACGAAUGCCAGUCCUUGCUGAGGAUAAACGCUACAGAUUUAGCUGAUUAUCAUUAUAGAAAGACUCAUAAUGAUAAUGAAUGCACUCUAGUGGUUGAUUCAGGCUAUAGUUUCACAUACAUAGUGCCGUAUAUUAAUGGUAAAAAGUAUAGAGAAGGAAUAAGAAGAAUAGAUGUUGGUGGCAAGGUGCUGACAAAUCAUCUGAAGGAGAUCUUGUCAUAUAGACAGCUGAAUGUUAUGGAUGAAACCUAUGUGAUUAACCAAGCGAAAGAAGACUCCUGUUUUGUGUCUCAAGACUUCAAAGCUGACAUGGAUAUAGCUCGGAAAAGAGGUGAAGAAAACACCAUAGUAAAAGACUAUGUCCUGCCAGACUACACCACAAUCAGAAGAGGAUUCCUCAGAGACGUUGUCAAGCCUGAUGAAGAAUUGGAGCAGCAAACAUUAAGAUUAAACAAUGAGAGAUUCACCAUUCCCGAACUACUAUUCCACCCAUCUGAUGUUGGCAUACCGCAGAUGGGAAUACCAGAGGCUAUCAUGCACUCAAUCAACAGUUGCCCUGAAGAAAACAUGGAGUCUCUACUGGAUAACAUAGUUUUGUAUGGUGGCAAUGUACUCUUCUCCGGUUUUCGUGACAGAGUCUACAAUGACGUCCGAUCAUUGGCUCUAGACCACUUUGAUGUAAGUGUGACAGCAGCCGAAAACCCCCUAACAUAUGCUUGGGAAGGCGGGAAGUUACUGUUCAGAAACCCUGACUUCUACUCUUUCUGUGUGACCAAGGAGGAGUAUGAAGAGGAAGGAAAAGCUCUGACGUUUGAAAGAUUCGAUAUUUAACGGCGAAAUCGAGCACCGAGAUCUACUGAGUAGUGUCUCCUUGCUCGAUAAAACUGCUGGGAUUAAGAUGUUAAUGGGUUGUUCGUGACUGCCAUUUUUAGUUUGCUGUGUGUUAGGCUGUUGAGUUGAAGAAUUUAUUGGAUCUUGAUAGCAGAUAAAUGGACUGGACUGAUAAUAAUAUAAGUAAUAACUAUUGCUAGAGCUAUGUGCAAGAAGUAAAUAAGUGUAAUACAUAAUUUAUAGUACAAAUUUUCUUUUCCUUCCAUUUUUUUACC